UGCUCAUACUCUAGCUAGGUGGUCCCUUGAUAGUUCUUUUUUUGGCUCUUUUGAUCAGGGGUUCAGCCCACCUAGUUUUGCUAAUCUCAUCUUGGUGGAAGUUGCCUAGGCUGUGUUGUUGUUUUUUCUUUCUGGUAAUAAAAGUUUUCUUUCACACAAAAAAGAAAGAAAAAGGUAAUGACUUUUGCCUCACACGCUUAAUAGUCAACAAAGAAGCGGUUGAAGAGUUUACAACAAACAUUUUCACAAAAUAUCUGUUUCUUGUGUGGAGUUCAUUUCACCGGUUUGCUUUCUCUUGCCUUUGUCUUAAACUUAAUUUUCACAAUUCACAUCUACACAAAGAAGAAAUUAUGGCAGGGGUCUUCCUAGGAGAAGCGCUUGUAUCUGCAAUCAUUGAGGUGGUGGUAGAAAGAGUGGCUUUUCCUGAGGUUUUAGACUAUUUCAAAGGAAGGAAGCUUGAUGGGUUGCUAAGAAAGUUGAAGCUAGUGCUGUUGUCUGCUAAUGCUGUGCUCACUGAUGCAGAGGAGAAGCAAAUUACAAUCCCAGCUGUGAAAGAGUGGCUGGACGAGCUUAAAGAUGCUGUUUAUGAUGCAGAGGAUGUCUUGGAUGAGAUUGCCACUGAAGCCUUGCAAUGCAAGUCAGAAGUUAAAUCUCAAACCUGCACAAGUAAGGUAUGGGACCUCAUCUCUCUUUCUGUUAUUCCAGUUGACAAACGGAUAAAAUCAGAGCUAAAAAUGAUUAUUGAAAGAUUAGAAUAUAUUACAAAACAAAAGGGUGUCCUUGGUCUGAAAGAAGUUGCUGGUGGAGUACCAUCACGACAAUUAACAACUUCUUGCCCAGAAGAAUAUGGUUUGUAUGGUAGAGAUGUUGAUAAGGAGGCAAUAUUUAAGUUGUUGCAAUCAGAUGAAGCAAGUAGUAGCAAUGAAAUAUGUGUUGUUCCCAUUGUUGGUAUGGGUGGGAUUGGUAAAACAACUCUUGCUCGGCUUGUAUACAAUGACAACAGAGUAAAGAUGAGUUUUGAUCUCAAAGCAUGGGUUUGUGUCUCUGAAAAAUUUGAUAGUUUAAGGAUAGCAAAAACUAUUCUUGAGGAGGUAACUCUAUCUGCUUGUGACAUUCAAAAUUUGAAUUUGUUGCAAAUUAAAAUCAGAGAGACCUUGACAGGAAAGAAUUUUUUUCUCGUAUUAGAUGAUGUUUGGAAUGAGAAUUAUAUUGAUUGGGACGAGUUACUCAGAAUUUUUAGAUGUGGGGCACGAAAGAUUCAAAUCAUUGUUACAACACGCAGUGAAAAAGUAGCAGCAAUUAUGCACCCUAUUUCAACUCAUCUUUUAAAGCAAUUGUCAGAUGAAGAAUGCUGGUGGUUAUUUGCACAACAUGCAUUUAAAAAUGGAAGCUCCCAUGAAUAUCCAAACCUUGAGGUAAUUGGUAAAAGAAUUGUCCAGAAAUGUAAAGGCUUGCCUUUAGCUGUAAAAACACUUGGGGGUUUGUUACACUCUAAACAAGAACCAAGACAGUGGAAUAAAAUUCUGAAAAGUGAUAUAUGGGACUUACCAAAAGGUGAAAGUAAUAUUCUACCAGCUCUAAGAUUGAGCUACCACUAUCUCCCAUCAUAUCUAAAGCGAUGCUUUGCUUAUUGCUCAAUCUUUCCUAAGGAUUAUAAAUUCAAAAAGGAGGAUUUGGUUCAAUUGUGGAUGGCAGAAGAUUUAUUGCAGCAAUCCAAAGGAAAUGGGAGGUUGGAAGAAAUAGGUGAACAGUGCUUUGAUGAUCUAGUAUCAAGGUCAUUUUUUCAACGAUCAGAUGACAACAAAUCAGUUUUUGUAAUGCAUGACCUUGUCAAUGACUUAGCAAAGUUUAUAUCUGGAGAAUUCUGUUUGAGGUUGGAAAUUGAAGAAUCAGAUGAAGCUACAGCAAAGACACGGCAUUUGUCAUAUUUUAGAGCUGAAUUUGACACCUCCAAGAAAUUUGAGGUCUCCUACAAAGCUAAGGGUUUGCGCACCUUGUUGGCUUUAGAAUCCUCGCCAUUUUCAUUGAGUCAAUUUGAUUAUUUGGCAAACACAGUAACUCAUGAUUUAUUGCAGACAUUUAAGUGUGCACGGGUGCUAUCAUUAUCUGGCUAUCAUAACAUAAGAGAGUUACCUGAUUCUAUUGGCAAUUUAAAGCAUCUACGUUAUUUGAAUCUCAACCGCACUUCAAUCAAGCGCUUACCUGAUUCUAUUUGCAAUUUGUAUAAUUUACAAACCUUACUGUUAUUCAGAUGUACUUUCCUCAUUGAGUUGCCUGCCAAAAUGGGAAAACUAGUCAACUUACGCCAUUUGGAUAUAAUUGGAACAAAGUUGAAAGAGAUGCCAUUGCAAAUGCGUCAACUGAGAAAUCUUCAAAAAUUAACUGCUUUUGUUGUGGGUGAACACAGUGGGUACAGCAUUGGAGAAUUAGGAGAGCUUCGACAUCUUUCUGGAACAUUGUCAAUACUUAACUUGCAAGAAAUUGAUUGUGCUAGAGAUGCUAUGGAGGCUAAAUUGAAGGAUAAGAAGUUCUUGUCUGAAUUGGUUUUGCAAUGGGGUGAUGAUAGUAAGGAUUCCCAAAAUGAAAGAAAUGUGCUUGAACAGUUCUGUCCUCAUACAAACUUGAAAGCUCUCACCAUUGAACAUUAUGGGGGUACAAGAUUUCCAUUCUGGUUAGGAGAUUGUUCAUUCUCCAAUAUGGCGUCCCUUAAUCUUGUAAAUUGUAAAUAUUGCUCCCUUUUACCUCCUCUUGGACAGCUUCCUGCCCUUAAGGAGCUCUCAAUUGCAGGUUUUCAUGAAGUAUCACAUGUGGACCGUGAGUUCUAUGGGAAUAGUUCUUCUACAGUUAAGCCAUUCAGAUCCCUUGAAAAGUUAAGCUUUGCAGAGAUGCCAAACUGGCAAGAAUGGCUUUUAUUUGAAGGUGAAGAUGUAGGCGGAGCUUUUUCUACUCUCCAAGAGCUUUGUAUAAUUAGAUGUCCCAAACUAAGCAGUAGCUUGUCUAACCAACUUCCCUCUUUAACCCACCUUACCAUUGAAGAAUGUCAACAACUUCUUGUGUCACUUCCACUAUCUCUGGCCAUUCAGGAAUUAAACUUAAAAGAUUGUAGUAAGGUACUAUUGAAAGAAUUGCCACCUAAACUGCAUAGUCUCACAAUUGAAGGAUGCCACAUACUACAGUCCUUUGUUGAGCUAAUGAUAUCACCUCCACGAGGUUUCCUACUCAUUACAUUGAAAUCACUUACAAUCUGUGGUAUUUUACAGUUGCCAAGGGGCCAUUGCUAUCCAUCACUUGAAAGAUUGAGGCUACGAGGUGGCCAUGAUUCACUUUGGUCUUUUCCGUUAGAGUUCUAUCCAAAGCUCAAAUUUCUUGAAAUGUAUGGAUGUGAAAAUCUUGAGUCUUUUUCUGUAUCAGAGGGAUCUCACCUAGAUCUUACUUCUCUCACUCUUUUGGAAAUCAGGAAUUGUCCUAACUUUGUGUCCUUUCCCAAUGGAGGACUGUGCGCACCAAACUUGACACAGGUUACCAUCAUCAAUUGUAAAAAGUUAAAGUCCCUACCUGAAAGGAUGCAUGCUCUCCUCCCAUCUCUUGUGGCUUUGAGAUUAUCACGGUGUCCAGAACUCGAAUCAUUUCCUGAUGAUGGUUUGCCCUCUAAUUUAAAAGCACUUGCCAUCUGCUUCUGUGACAAGCUCUUUUCCCAUCGCCUGGAAUGGGGUUUGCAAGGUCUUCACUCUCUUAGAAGCUUCCACAUUCGUACUAAAGACACAGAAGUAUUGACAUUUCCAGAGGAGGCAUUGCUGCCUGCAACUCUUACCUCUCUUUCUAUCUCAUCUUUUCCUAAUCUAAAAUCACUUGACAAUAAGGGGUUUCAACAACUCAUCUCUCUCAAAUGCUUGGAGAUUAUUUCUUGCUAUAAGCUUCAGUGCUUACCAAAAGAAGGCUUGCCAACCUCUCUUUCUUUUCUACAUAUCCGUCAAUGCCCUUUGUUAGAGCAAGAUUGUCAAAGAGAGAGGGGGAAGGAGUGGCGUAAGAUUGCUCAUAUUCCCCUCAUAGAGAUUAACUUUGAAGUGAUCACAUGAGUUGUGAUGGAGAAGUGCUUUUGCAUGCCCAGUGUCACUUUCAGAGGUCAAUAACUAGUGCUCACACACCCAGCAUCAACUUCAUGCCACUGCUAACUGCUGAUCCUUUUGUAUCAUGUAUAAACUCCUAAUUGUCUGGUAGUUUUCAAAUUACUGUAAAAGUUCAUUCAUGUCAAAGAGUCCAUUCAUGUCAAAUUACUGUAAAAGUUUAAUCUCAGGAGGACACCAAGGCAGAUGAAAGUUAGUGCUGCUUCAGUACCUUCUAGUAGCUGCUGAAUUCUCUCUCUCUCUCUCUCUCUCUUUAACAUGUUACCUGUUUCAAAAUGAUGAAAAGAACUUUGUACAGCUGAAAGUUUUUCUCUAUUGCAAA